GACUCUCUCACACAUUCAUUCUCAUACCACUCUUGCUCCAUUCUGUGACCAAUUUUCCGAAAGAAAACCGAAUCGGAAACAACCAUGGGAGGAGGCGGAGCUGCAGAUCACGGCCAUGGAGCUCAUGGAGGAGAUUUCAGGAGCAAAGUAUGGAGCAUGACCGGAGGCCCUUACUGCCGCCCUAAGCACUGGAGGCGCAACACCGCCAUAGCCAUGUUCGGCGUCUUCCUCAUCUGUGUCCCACUCGCUAUGAAAUCCGCGGAGCUCGAGCAACGGCCACAUCACCCUGUUCGGCCGAUCCCUUCCCAAAUCUGGUGCAAGAACUUUGGAACUAAAGACUAUAAAGACUUUGAAUGAUAAUAUCUGAUCGCUGUCGCGGGUGCUCACAGAUUUGUUUGUUAAAAUGCUGAGCAUAUGAACAACUUUAAAGUGUUGUUAUUACUGUUAAUGUUUAGUAAGCCUUGGAUCAUGUAAUGGACAUGCUUUUUUUUUUCUCUAUUUUUAAAAAUUAUGGGUACAUCCAUUUUAGAACUCAUGAAAUUACAAUAAUUUGCUCAUGUUGGCUACUUUAAAUGAGAAGAUUAUUUGUCAA